GCCGCCCACUUCCCUGUGGUCUGCCUGGGUGUCUCCACCUCAGUUCCCCUUUGGUUCUUCGGUGUUGGCUUCUCCCGGAGAGCUAGUGAUGGAAGAGGUAUUACCUCGACACGGGACUCUGGGUGGAUGGCGCCUGCCUCUCUGAGCACUUGGGUUUUGGGGUUAUUUUUCAUCUGUGAAAUGAAAUUGGUGAUCCAGUACCUCCUUCACAGGCACAUUGUUGGGACUGUGGGCAGAUGAUAAAAGGAGAGCCGUCAGCACACCGCGUGUCUGAUCACAGCGAACGGUGCCCGCGCUCUGGUCUGUUGGGUCUCAUUUUAGUACCAUUACUGUCCCACCGAAGAUUGGAAGAAAAGGGUGCCACAGCUUUGUUAGUGAAAAUUGUAGGGAACUGAGAGGAUCCUGGGGUUCGCAGGUUACUUAGGGUACGGGUUCGGAUGCAGUGGCAAGAUAAUCAGAAGACGCUUGGUCGUGUGUCACAGUCUAAGCUCCUGAAAUGUGCCAGUGUCUACUCGGGUCUAGUACCUUCCGCCUUGUCCCUAGAGAGCAGCAACUUGACGCGACUCCUUUCUGCUUCCCUAAAUGCAUCUGUGACCGGUUUUUUAAAAAGGUGAAAUUUGCACGAUUAGAGUCUAAAGGUUCCCGGGCCCCGUCUGUCUCGUGUUCCGCCAUAUUUAGGGCUGGUCCCCAGGCCGGGAUGCCGACCGUCACCCUUCAGACCAGCCAGAUGGGGAAAAAAGCAUCCGCAUCAAAGGCCUGUGUAGCUACAUGGGAAGUAAAAGUGUCCGGAAGCCAGUCGGCGUAUGUCCAGUCAGAAAUCCUCCGGGUACGCCCCCUGCGUUCUCCCUCCAGCUGGAAAGGACCGCGUGAUCACUUCUUCCUGCCCAAGUCCCGCCCUUUCCGCCACCGCCACUGAGGCGGAGUCGGUGAUCCGAGGAACCCGCAACGCGCCGACUCGGGUAGGAGGAGCGGAAGUGGUCACGUUUUGCGGAGCCGUAAAGCGUGGCUGUCGUGUCGCCUUCCGGUUAGCGACAACGGCUGCGACCGGCCGGUGGUGCCGUCCGUCUGCGGGUAAGGGCAUCUGCCAGACCCUUGCCCAUACGAUUUCCUUCCUGUUGCCGGCCCUUCGCUGCCACCGCCACGUCUGCCUUGAAACAUGUUCAAGAAAUUUGAUGAGAAGGAGAACGUGUCCAACUGUAUCCAGUUGAAAACUUCGGUCAUUAAGGGUAUUAAGAACCAACUGAUAGAGCAGUUUCCAGGUAUUGAGCCGUGGCUUAAUCAAAUCGUGCCCAAGAAAGAUCCUGUUAGAAUAGUCCGAUGCCAUGAACAUACGGAAAUCCUUUCAGUAAAUGGAGAAUUGCUGUUUUUUAGACAAAGAAAGGGGCCUUUUUAUCCAACCUUGAGAUUACUUCACAAAUAUCCUUUCAUCCUGCCACACCAGCAGGUUGAUAAAGGAGCCAUCAAGUUUGUACUCAGCGGAGCAAACAUUAUGUGUCCGGGGCUGACUUCCCCUGGAGCCAGGCUCUGCCCCGCGGCCGCGGACACCAUCGUCGCGGUCAUGGCGGAAGGGAAGCAGCACGCUCUGUGUGUCGGGGUCAUGCGGCUGUCUGCGGAGGACGUCGGCAGAGUCAACAAAGGGAUCGGCAUCGAAAACAUCCACUACCUGAAUGACGGGCUGUGGCACAUGAAGACGUACAAGUGA